CCCUGCGUGGAGAGGUCAUGACGCAUGCGUGCUAGGAAGAAGCAAAAUGGCAGCAAGACGUGGCGAUUUUGUCAUCACCGUCGGUGUUUUUAUCGUCCUGCUCUCUUCUGUUGGAGUUGUGGCGACUCCAGAGCAGGGGAAAUGGUCUUCAACAAUCAAGGUAACAGGGGAACAUGUCAACCAACCUCUGUAUGCUGGCUUCGUCAAGACCAUGUACAAUCAGACAUCUGUGGCAAUUACAGUGACCUGUGAGUCGUCAUCAGACCAGGAUAGUCCCUUUGAGUUCAAGGUCGGCUGGAUGCUCCGCUUCUCUGACUGCUUUGAAGAGUUUGUUGACCUUGGAGAUUCAGCAUUCCAAGAGUACUAUGACAGCCCCCAACAGUCCUACCCUGUGUACGACUAUGGCAAGUACCAAAAGGUGGAAUAUCCGGAAACUUACAAGUGUGGGGAUCCUUUUCAUCUGGUGGACUUAAAGCCAGAUAUUAACCUGGUAGACAGGCCCCUCAGCGUGAACGCCUCUGCAGAGAAGAGGGGGGACGAAACGGCUGGAGAGACGUCAUUGGUCGAUCCAAACACCCGGAGCAGGCGAGCCCCAGCACCUAGGAAGAAGGGCGGGUCAAAGAAGAAACCUGCAGCAAAGCCAGCACCACCGGCACCGCCAGCAGAAGAAAAAGAACCAGAAAAGAAGGAAGAAGAGACUGAGGAGGUGGAAGAAAAGGCAGAUACUCCAAAUGUGGAAGCAGAGAGCCAACAACAGCAACAAGAACAGCAGCAAGAAGCCGAAACACAGGAAACCAUAAGAGAGGUUGGCAACCACUCCCAGAUUGGUGAUGAGCACUCAGGUAAUGUUGUAACCCAUUCCUGGGAGAGUGGCCCCUACUUGCUAGUAGUGAGAAUUCUACCAGUGAAGACGGAGGGUGUAGAAGACUACCAAUUGACUGUUGGUGUUUCUGAGAGAAAAGGCACCAGCUACCUUUCUGCUACGGACUGGGCACUGCUACCUUUCUAUGGAGUGAUGUGUGGCGUGUACGUGGUUUACGGAGUGAUCUGGCUGCUCCUGCUGGCCUGCCAGUGGAGAGACCUCCUGCGGAUCCAGUUCUGGGUGGGCGGAGUCAUCAUCCUGGGCAUGCUGGAGAAAGCUGUGUUCUAUGCAGAGUACCAGCAUGUCAACAGCACUGGGGUGUCAGUGCGAGGAGCUGUAGUGUUUGCUGAGCUGGUGUCCUGUCUGAAGAGAACCCUGGCUCGCAUGCUGGUCAUCAUCGUCUGUCUGGGGUAUGGAAUCGUCAAGCCCCGUCUUGGCCCAAUGCUGCACCGUGUGUUGGGUGUGGGUGCCCUGUACUUCAUCCUGGGGUCUGUGGAGGGCUGUCUACGCUCCAUCAGACCCAAACAGGACCCGACCAAUCAGGCGCUGCUGGCGUCCAUCCCGCUGGCCGUGCUGGACUCCGCUAUCUGCUGGUGGAUCUUCAGCAGCCUGGUGCAGACCACUCGCACCCUUCGCCUGCGCCGUAACCUCGUCAAACUGUCACUGUACAGACACUUCACUAACACUCUCAUCUUCGCUGUGCUAGCUUCCAUCGCCUUCAUGAUUUGGUCCUUCAAGACAAUCAGAUUCACACAGUGCCUGUCAGACUGGUCAGAAUUGUGGGUGGAUGAAGCCUACUGGCACCUCCUGUUCUCGGUCAUCCUGAUGGUCAUCAUGGUCCUGUGGAGGCCUACGGCCAACAACCAGCGCUAUGCCUUCUCUCCCCUGAGUGAGGAACAUGAUGUGGAAGCUGAGGAACCCAUGCUCAACGAUGCUUUUGAGGGUAUGAAGAUGCGCGGCCUUAGUGGGAAAAACAAUGCCAACGGCAACUCUCCAGGCAUGAAUGAUACGGACACCAAGGCUGAGGAGGAUUUGAAAUGGAUAGAAGAAAACAUUCCAUCCUCAGUUGCUGAUACGGCCCUGCCAAGUCUUUUAGACUCUGAUGAAGAAAUUAUGACCACUCGGUUUGAGAUGAACAAGAUGGAAUGAUGAAAAGCACAACUCCUGGUAAGACACAUACAUGUAAGACUUGCACUGAGACUAGAGUAAGAUUGUGUUUGUGUUUCAAUUGGCCCUG